AUGUCUGAUAAUAAUCUUAGAACUAUAGGUAUCACUGCCAUUGCCACUGCGGCAUUAACUUCAGUAUGCUUUGAAUUAUACCAUCAAUACCAAGCCAGAAACACCAAAGAACAAUUCACAGACUCGAAGAGAUCAUUGAAAAGAAUCAAUGAAACCAUCAAGGAUUACGACGAGGAUCUUAUUCAGGAACAACUCGCGAGAAACUACGCAUUCUUAGGAGAUGAAGGGAUGGCCAAGAUACGAGACUUGUAUGUGGUGGUGGUGGGGGCUGGUGGUGUAGGUUCUUGGGUCACCACGAUGCUUGUACGUUCUGGAGUGGGGAAAAUUAAGGUGAUUGAUUUUGAUCAAGUGACGUUAUCAUCAUUGAACCGUCAUGCGGUGGCCAAUCUUCGAGAUGUGGGUAUUUCGAAAGUCGACACUUUAAAGAACCAUUUGUUGGAAAUUGCCCCAUGGGUGGAGAUCGAGGCGGUAAAUGAGUUAUGGACCAUGGAUAAUGCCCAGAGAUUACUACUAGAAGACGGGGCAAGACCAGACUAUGUCAUUGAUUGUAUUGACAAUAUUGAUACCAAGGUUGAUUUAUUAGCAUAUUGUCACGAUAACGAAGUCCCGGUGAUUUCUAGUGGAGGAGCGGCGUGUAAAAGCGACCCUACCAGGAUGAAUAUUGGGGAUAUCAGAGUGACCGAAGAAGAUGCGCUUAUGAAAUCUGUUAGAAGAAGAUUGAAGAAAAGAGGGAUUGCCACCGGGAUCACCGUAGCGUUUUCUGCAGAAAAACCUGAUCCUCGUAAGGCCAACUUACUUCCAUUACCAGAUGAUGAGUAUGAGAAGGGGAAAAUUGAUGAAUUGAGUGCGUUACAAAACUUUAGAGUGAGAAUCUUACCGGUUUUGGGACCAAUGCCUGGGAUGUUUGGUUUGACAAUUGUCUCGCAUUUGUUGGCGUCAGUGGCUGGGUAUCCUAUUGAAGUGAUUGAAGGUAAGAACCGGAUGAAGGUUUAUGAUUCAGUGUUGAUGACGUUAGCUGGUCAACAAACAAGACUUGGCAAGGGCCAGGUGGUACCAAUUUCAAUGAGGGAUGUCGAAUACAUCAUUGAAGAAGUGUUUAGAGGGAAAUCGCCAAUUUCUGGCUACUCCACCAGAUUGACUUUAUCCAGAUGGCUUCCUGACAGAGAAUUAUCGACCCAGAAUGUGGUGUUGAUGACAAAAGAAGAACAAAAAUACCAUGAGCAAGAGGUGUUGAAUGGUGGAAAGCGUGUUGAAGAUGUCUACAGCAAAGAGGUGCUUGAUUUGGUGGAAAAACGGUUCAAGGAAGAGGAAUAUUAUUCGCAAUUCCGUUGA